AUGAAUUUGCGGAAUAGUUGGUAUGUUCCGUUGUUAGUUCUACUUCAAGCAACAGCAAUUGUACACACACAAAGUCAUACGGAUAACAGUAUAGAAGUAGUAAUUUCUGAUGCCACAAAGGAAGUGAGUGCAAGACGAUCUGGCGGACUUGCGCAAGUGCAAAAAGCAGCUGCAGGUACAAUGGGCUUGGAAGGGAUGAGUUCACCACCUUCUAUAUCGACAGCAGUCACACCAAUUUCAAUGUAUGCCAAGUUUUCUAGUCGUAGAGAAGCUCCUAACUACUUGAAAUCCAUUGGUUAUGCUGGAGAUAUGGUAAUUACUGCAACUGCUGAAUAUGCCAAAAGGAAUGGAGGUGCUUUUCCAAAUCGAACCGAAUUUAGUAGACUUAUAGCUCCUUAUUGCCCAGGACGGUCACCAUCAUGUAACAAAAACGACCGAUACCGAACAGCAGAUGGUUCUUGUAAUAACAUAUGCCACCCUUUAUGGGGAGCAUCUGUAACAACACAGGCGAGAUUCUUGCCUCCUGAUUAUGGCGACAGAUACAACCUUGGUUUGACACCACGUAUCAAAAGUGUUACAGGACGCCUGCUUCCUAGUCCUCGCAUGAUAUCGAACGCAGUGUUCAAUACAGGGACGUCACCACCACGGAGUACAAAAUUUACUAUAGCUUUAACUCAUUUUGGGCAGUUUGUUGACCAUGAUUUUAUAUCAACACCUAUACUCAAAGAUGGAGACGAGGAUAUAGUUUGCUGCAAUGGUAAUGAUCCCGUCAACAGACCCGAAUGCUUUUCUUUUCGUACUCCUCCUGGCGAUUUCACGACAACAUGCAUGGCGUUUGUAAGAUCAGAUGUUGGUGUGGACCCGGGAUGUUUUCCAGGACCAAGAAACCAAAUCAAUCAAAGAACAUCUUUCCUUGAUCUCUCUGUGGCGUAUGGGAAUACCCUGGAUGGACAGAAAGAUCUACGAGAAAACGGAACAGGACGACUUUUAGAAGGAAAAAACAGAAUUUUGCCCAAUGGUCCUCCAGGCUCGGAAUGCUUACCUACAGAAGUGUGCUUCAAAUCUGGAGAUAAUAGACCCGCUGAAGUCCCUAUGUUAACUGUCAAUCAUAUUAUAUUCCUACGCGAACAUAACAAUAUUGUGGAAAGAUUACGAGUAUUAGGAUGGACGGACGGAGAACAACUGUAUCAAGAGGCUAAAAAGAUCCUUACAGGAAUAUAUCAACAUAUUAUAUAUACUGAGUAUUUGCCAGUUAUACUUGGAGAUGAGGGAAUGGACAUGUUUGGACUUCGGACUUCUCGUUCUGGGUUCAAUACACAGUAUAAUCCCUCAGCCAAUCCAGCUACCGGAAAUGCAUUAGGAGCUGCAGCAUAUAGAUUUGGACACUCUCUUGUGGGAUCCUUUGUUGAAUCAUUCAAUGAAGAUUUUACUCCACUUGACAAAAACCCAAUGGAAGAUCAUUUUUUCAGUACACGUUCAAUAAGGAAUAUUGAUGAAAAGUUUGGUCCAUGUGCAAUUUCGAGAUGGAUGACAACUCAGUUCAAGAGCAAGUCAGAUCGGUUUUUAACUCCAUCUGUAAGAAAUAGACUUUUUCAAACAAUGCCGAAAAACGGUUUUGAUCUUUCUGCACUGAACAUUCAGCGAGGAAGAGAUCAUGGCAUACCGGCAUACAAUAGGUGGCGAGAAUUCUGUGGACUGCAUCCCGCUAAACAUUUUGGAACAAAUUAUAAUGGAUUGACCGAUCAUGAUCCUUCGGCAGCAAACGCGUUGAAAUCCGUUUACAGAAAUUCUGAUGAUAUUGACUUGUUUGCUGGAGGUCUGACAGAGAAGAUAUCACCAGGGGCUUUAGUAGGACCGACAUUCAGGUGUUUAAUUGGAUACCAGUUUAAGUUGUUUAAAACCGGCGAUAGAUUUUUUUACGAAAAUGAUUUCUUUCCAACAGGAUUCACUGCAGCCCAAUUAAAACAGAUAAAGAAACAGACAUUGUCGGCACUGUACUGUAGAACUAUGCACGUUGGUACAAUGCCUAAAAGUGCAUUUGAAUCUCCAUUAGCAGGGAAAAAGCGCAGACAAUGUCGAAAGUUUCCUGGGCUUAACUUGAAACCAUGGGAAAAGACAUACUCUUACCACAAAUGAACACAAUGAUGGAAUGAUUUACAAACAGUUAUCAAUUUUA